GUGAAGGACAAAAUCUCGGAUUUAUCGCACCUAGCUUCCUUUGUUGCAAUUUCGGUCGCGUUGCUCUGAUUCUGAUUUUAUGUGUUCCAAUCUCUGGCCUGCCUGCCUGCAUUCGCCAUUCUAUUUUUUCAGAUCAUCAUAGCCUAGCCGGUUAGAUAUGGCAGUCGCUAUGGCUAUAAUGACCAAGCAGCAUCUGCUGACCUACAUCUACCUUCUAGUUUACAUUUCACUUUCAUCAGGGGUUAUUCUGUACAACAAGUGGGUCCUCUCCACAUUGUAUUUUAAUUUUCCAUUUCCAAUAACACUCACUAUGAUCCAUAUGGCUUUUUCUGGUGCGGUGGCCUUUUUCCUUAUCCGUGUUUUGAAGGUUGUGUCGCCAAUUAAAAUGACCUUCCAUAUAUAUGCAACUUGUGUGGUCCCUAUAAGUGCCUUCUUUGCAGCUAGUCUGUGGUUUGGGAAUACUGCUUAUUUGUACAUUUCAGUGGCCUUCAUCCAGAUGCUUAAAGCCCUGAUGCCAGUAGCAACAUUUGUUGUGGCCGUUACUUGUGGAACUGAGAAAUUAAGGUGUGAUGUAUUCUGGAACAUGGUGCUGGUCAGUGUUGGAGUUGUCAUUUCCUCCUAUGGGGAAAUUCAUUUUAAUGUGCUUGGUACAGUUUAUCAGGUCACGGGAAUAGUUGCUGAAGCUUUAAGACUGGUUUUAACUCAAGUUCUUCUUCAAAAGAAGGGCCUGACACUAAACCCUAUUACUAGCUUGUAUUACAUAGCACCUUGCAGCUUUGCAUUUCUUUUUAUCCCAUGGUAUAUCCUUGAGAAGCCUGAGAUGGAAGAUCCACAUAUGCAGUUUAACUUCUGGGUAUUUUUCUCGAAUGCACUUUGUGCUUUCGCAUUGAAUCUUUCCACAUUUUUAGUGAUUGGCAGAACUGGGGCAGUAACUAUUCGGGUGGCUGGAGUUUUGAAAGACUGGUUACUUAUCACUCUUUCAACUGUCUUAUUUCCUGAAUCAAAGAUUACCGGGCUUAAUGUUAUUGGCUAUGCUAUUGCUUUAAGUGGUGUUGUUUUUUACAACUACCUUAAGGUCAGGGAUGUUCGCACAUCUCAACUUCAAAGUAUCCAAGAUGAAUCAGCAAAGGAGCUGCAGACGGAGAAGAAAGCAGAUGAUGCCAUGGACAACAAAGAUGAGGCUUCAUGGAAUGAUUCAGUUUCUGAUACUCAUUUAGAUGAAGAAGCACCUCUAAUCUCUUCGCGGAUAUCUCAUUUUGGAGUUGGAAGAAAGCCAGCUUAGUGGCAAUCUAGCUUAGAGUCUAUAAAGAAAAUCUCAUAUUGGAAGAAAGCCAGCUUAGCAGCAACCUAGCUUUUAGGGACAAAGAGCUUGCAGGAACCAAAUCAAAGUAUCUGUCUUACCUUUCUUCCCAAAAGGAACACACAAACGCCUCCUUCCAAAAGAAGAGGGAUAAAGCAAGGAGAAAAAAAAAAGAGCGGAGGAAACAUGCAUAUUCUUUUGAUAGAGUUUAUUAGUUUCAUGUUUAAAGUAUAUCCAGUAGUAAAUCGAUUCAUUCUUGUAUAGGCUUGGCUUGACCAUGCAGUGAGGGUUCUGUUUCCUCCAAAUGCACCGUCUCUUAUAACUGAUUGAUGAUUCUUGAGUUGUCAGUUGCUAGUGUAGCCAAUAUGGAAACGCAGAUUGACUACUGUUAAUUUUAGUUUAGUUAAAAUUUGAAAAUGAUAUGGUUCAACAACUGCUGUGCCACCUCAUUUUCUCCGGGACCUGCCUGCAUCUUAAAAUGAAAACUUUUCCAUUUCAUCC